AAACUGGCGGAACACGCCUUUUUUUUGGCAUCUCUAACUUCUCUGCACCCCUUUCCUGCGUUUUUUUCCCCUCGUGCUGAAAAUACGGGAAGGAAAGUCCGCGAUCCCCGAGCCAACUUUGAGCAAUCCGUACGUGUGCUGAAGCACGCUAAAGAAGUCCAGCCUGGCGUCAUCUCUAAAACGUCCAUUAUGCUGGGGCUAGGCGAGACGGAUGAGCAAGUAUAUGCCACAAUGAAAUUAUUGCGGGAAGCAGAUGUAGAUUGUUUGACCCUAGGACAGUACAUGCAACCAACAAAACGUCACCUGAAGGUUGAGGAGUACAUAACUCCCGAAAAAUUUAAGUACUGGGAAAAAGUAGGAAAUGAUCUUGGAUUCCAUUACACUGCUAGUGGGCCUUUAGUGCGCUCCUCCUAUAAAGCAGGUGAAUUCUUCUUGAAGAACUUAGUAGAAAAAAGAAAGACAAAAGUCAUCUGAAAAUGAGAGUGAACCUAUUUAAAGCAGCCAGUUUUAAGGAUCCUUUUUUUCAGCACAUAAUUAUACUCAGUUCCAGAAAUGCAGACCAGAUGGUGGAUGUAUGAAUAAACUUACUGUCUGUCCAGAACACUUUUCUCUCACCAAAACACUUCACGUUGUUUUACCUAAUUCCUCCUGGCAAGGCUACAACUAUAUCGUACUUC